AUGCGGUGCGGCUCGUUAGUACUUUUGUAAGAGGACAAUUUCAUUUCGGCGUACACCACAUAUUUAACAAUCCUAAGGAAUGUACAUUUGCUGACACUUUCGCUAUGGUUGUCGGUGCAUUUCCGCUCUUUAAACUGGCAAGUUUAGCCGUGAAACAAAUUUCCAAACCGAUAGCAAACAGUCUGAAGACCACAGCGAAACAGAGCGAUUUCUUUAGGAAAUAUGUUUGUAUCUGGCCUGGGCAAGGCUAUCACUGGCUGGAGACAAAAGUCAAAAUGAAGUUAAUGGGACUUGCUGGUCCAGAAAAAGUACCACCGCUGAGUGAACAAAAAGCAGUAGAUGUUGGUGCUGAGCUCUUGGGUGAAUCACUGGUAUUUGGUGUGGCAGCAGCUUUGCUCUUUCUAGAAUAUAGACGAGGGCAGAAGAAAGAAGAAGCUAAAGAGCAGAAACAAAACGAAAAGUUAUUUGAACUUCAUAGUCAGGUCAAAGAGCUUGAGCUUUUGGUAGAGACUAAUGCAGCUCAAGUGCGUGAGUUAACAAGACUUGUCCAUAGCAAAGACAGUUAACUAAAAUAAAAAAUAUGACCUUGUAAUUGAUUGAAUUCUCCUCUGCAUUUUAGUCAAAAUUUCAUUUAUUAAUAAGUAUCUUGCCACUUCUGUGUAAAAUUUUGUUGUUGAGAUGCAAAUUUGUGCUUAUGUUGAUGUGUAUGAUUUUAUUUCUCACCAAAGGAUUUGAUUCUUUUUCAAUUGUUGGAAAAAGUAUACCCUAAAAAGCCCAGAAAUUUUAGUUUACUUGUAUUUGUGAAUUGGCGAUAUUAAUUUUUACCCCAGAUUAGAUAAUAUCCAAAAUGGCUACCCCAGAAAUCUUUUAGAAAUAAUUUGAGGUAUACUCUGUGUAUCCUUGAUGUGAAAAGGGUUACAGGGUGAAAAUCUUUGUGUUCCUAACUUCCUUGCCUCCAAGUAAUAAACUAAUCAGUAUUUCUAACAUUCAUAGAUAACAUGAGAUUCAACAGCUAUCAUUUAUUUGCCUUCAAAGUUUGAAUGUUAUUUUAUGAACUGUUUUCUAUGGGAAGUCAGUAGUGGCAUUCAUACUGAACAAUUUUUAUAGGAAAUAUUGAAAAGACAAUCUAUUAUGGAGACUUUCUUUUUAGCUACAGGUUUGAUUCUACAUGUAAACUGUGUAGUUUACUUAUAAAUAUUUUGGGGAGUGUUUCAAUCAAAA